AUGAAAGUUUUUAUUGUAUUUGCACACCCAGAUAGACGUUCUUUUAACGGAUCCUUAUUAAAAGAAACUAUUGGACAAUUUGAAGCAGAUGGUCAUGAGGUAAGGGUAACUGAUUUGUACGGACAAAAAUGGAAAGCACAAAUUGAUGAAGAUGAUUUCCCUAUUACUCAUAAAAAAGGUGAGAGACUGCAUAUUGGAAGUGCCUCAGGUGAGGCUUUCGUUAAUAAAGAAUUAACUAAGGAUGUAAUGGAAGAAAUUGAAAAAUUGUUAUGGGCUGAUUUAGUUAUUUUUCAAUUCCCCAUGUGGUGGUUUGGUAUGCCUGCCAUCUUAAAAGGUUGGGUAGAAAGAGUGCUCGUUUGCCAUUUUGGGUACGGUGUUGGAGAGUUUACACCGACUCAUUAUGGUGACCGUUUUGGGGAAGGAACCCUGGAGGGAAAGAAGGCCAUGUUAAUUGUAACUGCUGGUGGAAGAAAAGAUCAUUAUAGUUCAAGAGGUAUCCUUGGUCCAAUUGACCAUUUAUUGUUUCCAAUCAAUCAUGGUGUCUUUUUUUGUACUGGAAUGACUCCUUUACCAGCAUUUGUAACCUAUGGGACAGAUUCUGCCACUGAAGAGGUUUUUGAAAGUUAUGCAAACGAAUUGAAGUGCCUUUUGAAGAACAUUGGAAGUAUUAAACCGAUAAAUUAUAGAAAGCAAAACUCUGGUGAUUAUGACAUUCCAAGUUUGAUUUUGAGGGAGGGUUUAGAAAGACCUGGUGAAACCGGAUAUGACAUUCAUCUUAUUAAAGAUUGA